AAAAUAAAUCAUGUUGUGAAAAAAAUAUCGUCGAAGAAAACAUUUGUUUCGGCUGUUUCCUGAACAGCGUGUGACUCAACCUGUCACCGACGCCAGGUCACUCCGAUAUUUGUGGAAUGAGAAUCAAAACAACAUCAUUGCUUACUUCUGCACUUGGCUUAUUGACCUUUGUGCUACCAGCAGUCCAGAUGACUCAAAUCUUUGUGUAUGGCACUCUGAAGAAGGACCAACCCAACUACUCCAGAAUGUUGGACCCUGCCAACGGGAGGGCUUCCUUCCUUGGUCGAACCAGCACCAUUGACAAGUUCCCUCUGGUCAUUGCUGGCCAGUUCAACAUCCCGUUCCUCUUGAACAUCCCCGGACAGGGCCACCACGUCCAGGGGGAGGUCUACUCCGUUGACGACCAGAUGCUGGCAUUCCUGGACCGUUUUGAGAGCAUCCCCGAAAUGUAUCAACGCACCCUGGUCAAGCUGAAGGUGGAGGAGUGGGUGAAGGAAACUGGGGCUACGCGAAGGCCAGGGAGCACGAUGGAGGCUUUCGUGUACAGCACCACCACCUACAAGCCGGAGUGGGUGUCAUUGCAGAGUUAUGAGAACUAUGAUGCCUAUGGCGAUCAUGGUUUGGAGUAUGUUAUUCGUGAAGCCAGGGAUGAUUAGAAACCCACUCAAUACUGUCUCGCCGGGCAGCUACUCCAGUACUGAUCAUCUCUUGUAGUAGAUAAAGUAGUCAGGUCUGAAUAAAGACAGAAGAAAAAGCACUUUCAAAUUUGUAUGCUUUAGAUGUCAGAUUUUUAUGAGUUCAAGGAGUGCCUGGUGAAAAUGCCAGGUUUAUUAAUAUAGCCGCUGUUGUUUGUAAAUCUAUUUGGCAACCUUCUAUCAGCCACAUGGUCUGGGCAACGUCUGGUAAUGCAGGUCACUUAAAUAUGUCAAGUAACUUUUCCAUAAUUUUAAAUUUAGAGACUGUGCAAUGAGGCAUUUUUUAUAUACUGAAAUUGCAUUGCAAUUAUUGUACUUCAGGGUAAGAUCAGUGAACCUCUUGUUUUUGUAUUUUUCACUUCAGGAAUAAGGACAUUUAGCUGCCUGUCAUCCUAUCAAUCACUCAGAGUACAAUUUAUCACUGGUUUACUCUUAGCCCUAAUGGUUUCAGAGAGUUUAAUCAACAGACAUACCACUCCAUGUAACUUUUCAUUAACCAUUCCAUCAACUAAGAAGAUCUCCAGGAAUUGAAAUGUGCUCAUGUUAUACGUGUACGUCCUGCUUUCAUGAGUGGGUAGAAUUGAUGACAAAUAGGAUAACAUACAGUAUCUGUUAGUUAUUGCUGCUCCCAUGUGUGUAGCAUAAGUUUAUUUUCUUAAGAUUAUAGGACUAACACGUUUUUAUGUGAUGCAUUUUACCUCUUGGUAGUUUUUUUUUAAAGAGGCACUUUACUGGAUUGUGUUUGUGACAAGUGUGUUUGACUGCGUAAAGACAAUUUAAAUAAUUCAUUUCAAGACUGCAUAAUAGAUAAAGUGAUUAAUUUAAUUAUUAAUCAGUAGGUACUUGUAAUGUUGUGGUAAUAAAAGCACUUUUUUGGAUGGUAGAA